GAACUACAGUCAAACGGGAAGAGACUAACCCGAGAAAACAGCGAACCGGCUUUUGCUCUUCUUAAAAUUGUUUGAGCCCUAACAAAGAUGGUUCGAGAAACCGGUUACUAUGAUCUGCUCGGCGUCAGUCCCAAAGCCUCGCUGGACGAGCUCAAAAAGGCAUAUCGGAAACUGGCGUUGAAAUAUCAUCCGGAUAAGAACGCGAAUGAAGGCGAGAAAUUCAAAAUCAUAUCACAAGCCUAUGAGGUCCUGUCAGAUCCUAAAAAGCGGGAAUUGUAUGACCAAGGUGGUGAACAAGCUAUCAAGGAGGGAGGCGUUGGAGGAGGGGGCUCAUCGCCCAUGGACAUUUUCAACAUGUUCUUUGGUGGUGGAGGCAGAACGCAGAGAGAAAGAAAAGUCAAGAAUGUUGUUCAUCAGCUUGGGGUCACACUGGAAGAACUGUACAAUGGCUCAACAAGAAAACUAGGUCUUCAGAAGAAUGUUAUCUGUGAGAAAUGUGAUGGUUAUGGAGGCAAAAAGGGCGCACUUGAAAAAUGCUCAACAUGCAAAGGAAGCGGGGUGCAGGUCCACGUCCAACAGAUCAGACCUGGAAUGAUCCAGCAAAUUCAAAGCAUGUGUUCAGACUGCCAAGGACAGGGAGAGAAAUUCAACUCCAAGGACCGCUGCAAGAACUGCAAUGGACACAAAGUAGAACGCAAGAAGAAGAUUCUUGAAGUACACGUUGACAAAGGCAUGAAGGAUGGCCAGAAAAUCACGUUCCAUGGAGAAGGAGAUCAAGAACCUGGACUGGAACCUGGCGAUGUCAUAAUCGUACUGGACCUGAAAGAGCACCCUGUCUUCCAAAGGCAGGAUGACAACCUGAUGAUGAAGAUGAAAAUCAAGCUGGUAGAGGCCCUUUGUGGGUUUAAGAAGACAAUCCAUUUGCUUGACGGUAGAACACUCCUUAUCCACUCAUCUCCAGGUCAAGUAAUAAAACCGAAUGAAUUUAAAUGUAUUCAUAAUGAGGGCAUGCCUGUGCACAGAGACCCUUAUGAGAAAGGUCUUCUUAUCAUACAGUUUGAGAUUGAGUUCCCAAAUAAACAUUGGCUACCUGAGCACAUGCUGCCUGACCUGGAGAAGCUACUUCCAAUGAGAGAUCAUGCCAUGGUGUUGGAUGAUAUGGAAGAGGUUGACCUCUGUGAAAUAGACUAUGAAAGCCAAAAGAGAAACUACAGUGGUGAAGCCUAUGACGAAGAUGAAGGCCCCAGGCAGGGUGGAGUCCAAUGCCAGACUCAGUGAAUGUCAUAUUUAAUGGGAUUAUUUGUGCAGCAUUUUUCUAAAAUGACAGCAAAUGUACACUGAAAGAUAGGACAGUUAAAUGCAAUCACUGGCGAUGAAUUCCCCCAAUACCAAAGCCUUAAGAGAUGGACCAUUUUCUUGCCAUGUUUGUUUUGAAGCAUCUUGCAAGAAAGAACCUGGGAUAUCAAGCAAUUACCACCAAAAAUGCAUAUUAUAAGUACAUUGAAUUAUUGCAAAUAUUUUGGAUGAAAAUCUGGAUGGUAAUCCACUUAAGAACUGAAUUUAAUAGUAACUGCAUUGUUAAUUUUUGCUUGCAAAUUAAUCAGUCUGUGAAUGAGUACAUGAUGCAGUACCUUUUACGUUUCAGUAGAUGUGCAAGUGUGUCAUGUGUAAACUGCACUUUUUUUUGUCUGACAUGAAAAAUUCCAGUUGAAAUUUUCUAUUUGUACACUUUCUUAGGUGUUGGUUUAAUACAUGUUUACCAUGUUAAGUUUAAUUCUCCUAAAAUUGUUCUGUUUUUCACAAA